UGGAGACCAUCGCUAUUAGGCAUGGCAGGCCAUUGCCAUUAUUGGGUUGGAGGCCAUAGCUAUUAGCCUUAGUCUCGUGAGCAAAGCCAAGAUGUUUCCGGCCGCUUGACGGAUCGACACUUUGUCAGGAGCUGUUUAUGCCUGAUGCGUCACAGGCUAUAUGCAUCGAUUCGGAAGAGGAAGCGCCGGCGCCGCCAAAAAAGCGAAAACGCGUUGUGCAGACCGCACCACAGCCGGUGAUAGUGAGUUGCAUUGACCUGGAUGAUGAGGACAAGUCCGACAAGGUAAAACACACCAAGUGCAAUGCAGAUGCCGUUUGCUUAUCAUCUGACGAGGAGGCUCCAGCCAUUGUGAUACCACAAAAGCCCCAGACGGCUCUGCAUACUCUGCACACGGUGCCCAAAGAGGCACUUUGUGAAGAUGCCGUCGCUGAUGAGUUCGAACGCCGGGCGCAGGAUCUUGCAGAUGCAGCUUUGAGAAAUCUGUCACCGGCAGCUCGUGCUGCCAGGAUGGUCAAGGUCAAGCAUAGUAUUCUAUUACGCUUGCGCCAAGCAGCAGCUGAAUGCCGCCAAAGUGAGCCAAUUACCCAGCCAGACCCACCGGCAUGCCCUCCGCCACCCCCCGAGGAGCCGAGUGAAGCACAGGGGAAUGAUGCGAUAGCAUUGUCUGCGCAGAAGCAGCAACUUCAAGAUUGGGUCGAACGGAAUCAACAGCGGCUGCAGCAAAGCCUAGUGCAGGGAGAGCAGCAGCGCUUGGAAGGAGAGAUGCAACGGCAAGCAGCCGAAAGAGACAGGCUGGCUGAGAGGGAGAAGCGGAAGGCUCUGUGGAGCACUGGAGCUUCAGAAGGGUUCGGUGCCGGUGAUGGGAGGUUAACUGCGAAUGGCUGGGAGAGUAGCCAUUUUCACUCGACCAAGGAGCGGCUGAAGUUUUUGCGCUUGAUGGGUGGACAGAAGUUUGUUGAUGCAGCCCAAAACUUGGAGGGUGAGCUAGAUGACGAAAAGGUCUUUGAGCUGAUUGCUGGAGAAUGGGUCGAAGCAAAAGAGGAUGAUGAGGAGGAGGAGGACUUUGAUAUCAGGCAAGAUGCCGCCACCGUCGAACUCCUGGCAGG